CGCCCCGCGCCCCGCUCGGACAGCCGCGCCCGCUGCCCCGCGCUCCCGCCAUGGCCGCCCGCCUGCUCCGCCGCUCCCUGCGCCUCUGGGGUGCCCGCUGCGCUCCGCGCCCGCCGCUGGCCGCGAGAUGCUCUCAUUCCGGAGGGGAAGAACGUCUUGAAACUCCUUCAGCUAAACAUUUAACAGAUAUUGGAAUUAGAAGAAUCUUCUCUUCGGAGCAUGACAUUUUCCGGGAAAGUGUAAGAAAGUUUUUUCAAGAAGAAGUGGUUCCGAAUCAUGCAGAGUGGGAGAAGGCUGGCGAAGUGAGUAGGGAGCUUUGGGAAAAAGCUGGCAAGCAAGGACUGCUGGGUGUCAAUAUCGCAGAGAAGUAUGGUGGUAUCGGCGGGGACCUGUACUCGGCAGCUGUUGUUUGGGAGGAACAAGCAUAUUCGAAUUGUACAGGCCCAGGUUUCAGUCUUCACUCAGAUAUUGUCAUGCCCUAUAUUGCAAACUAUGGAUCGGAAGAACAAAUUAAGCGCUUCAUCCCUGAAAUGACUGCCGGGAAAUGUAUUGGUGCCAUAGCAAUGACAGAGCCUGGAGCUGGAAGUGAUUUGCAAGGAGUGAGAACAAAUGCCAAAAAAGAUGGAAGUGACUGGAUUCUCAAUGGAAGCAAGGUAUUCAUCACUAACGGCUGGCUAAGUGACGUUGUGAUUGUGGUGGCGGUGACAAGUCGGGAAGCUCGCUCUCCUGCCCAUGGUAUUAGCCUUUUUCUGGUGGAAAAUGGAAUGAAAGGGUUUAUCAAGGGACGAAAGCUCCAUAAAAUGGGACUAAAAGCCCAGGAUACUGCUGAAUUGUUCUUUGAAGAUGUUCGGUUGCCCGCUAGUGCACUACUUGGAGAAGAGAAUAAAGGCUUCUAUUACCUCAUGCAAGAACUCCCACAGGAACGAUUAUUGAUUGCUGAGCUGGCAAUUUCAGCAUGUGAGUUCAUGUUUGAAGAAACCAGAAAUUAUGUUAAACAAAGAAAAGCCUUUGGAAAAACAGUUUCACAUAUACAGACGGUGCAGCAUAAACUAGCAGAAUUAAAAACGAACAUUUGUGUAACCAGAGCUUUUGUGGACAGCUGUCUCCAGCUGCAUGAGAAUAAACGACUGGACUCUGCCUCUGCUUCCAUGGCGAAAUACUGGGCAUCUGAUUUGCAAAACAGUGUCGCUUAUGACUGUGUUCAGCUCCACGGAGGUUGGGGAUACAUGUGGGAAUAUCCAAUUGCAAAGGCUUACGUGGAUGCCCGUGUUCAGCCAAUCUAUGGUGGUACCAAUGAAAUAAUGAGAGAGCUGAUUGCAAGAGAGAUUGUGCGUCCGUGAAAAGUAGACAUCUGCCCACAUCCUGGAAUCCUAUUACAGCUAAUCUGGUUCUAAAUCUUCUCAAGAUAAAACACAAGCUGGAUGAGAGAAAAUACUAAACAUGUUUUUAUAUGCCCUCUCUCUAGAGAAAGAAACAAAAGCAAAUAUAAAAUUAACACAACGGGAGGAGAAAGCCUUGAAAUUAGAAAUUAUAAAACUCCAACAUGCAGAUUUAAUAUUUACUUUUUUAACAUAGUUCUAAGGCAAAGAUUUUCUGAUUCCAGGAUCCGUGAUGUCUCUUCACUUAUCCCUAAAAUUUUAAAAGAACAUAAAUGCCUACAUGUCUUAAAUUGUGGCAGGAAAAAAGUCAUUAUUGUACAGAAAAUUAUUAAUAAUGCUUAUAGAACAUUGAUUUUGAAAGGGAAAAUAAAGAUAAAUUAUGAUGCACAAUAAUUUCAUUUGUCUUU